AUGGCCGCCACUACAGCUUCGUCUCCUUCUCAGCCACGGCCGCUCGACUCUUUUAGACCAAUGACUCCUCCAAGUCCAGUGAUCGAAGCCACGACAGCGUUUGACCAGCCUGUCAAGCUCAAGGGCCGUCACAGGCUACUUCAAGGUCUUCAACGCAUGUCUUCAUCCCCAUCACUAGCAAAGCUUGGUCGCACCCGCUCCAGCGAGAAGGUCUACAAGUCGGGACAAAAAGCCUCCAUCUCCUGCGUGUCUCUCGGCUCUCCCUCGUCCAGCUACCCGCUAUCUCCCCCAAACUCGUAUACGUCUCACCUUUCCAAUGGCUUCUCCACCGCUCCAACCACUCCGGGCUCGCCUGGUAGCCAGCAGUCGUACUUCGAGAGCAACUCCCGUCUGCGACCUUUAGGUCCAAGCGAGAUCGCCACUGUGCCUGUGCCGAUCGACAUUCGAACCUCCAAACCCAUCUCCACCCCACUACCCGAGAUCUCGGAGAAGCCCUUUCCAAGACGGCCGGAUUUCAAUUUCUGGAAAGAUUUACCACAUGAGGUUCGGAUACAUGUUCUGGCGUUUCUGUCCCCGAAGGAGAUCAUCAGAGUGUCUGCCGUGUCGAAAGAAUGGCAUGACAUGUGCUUUGACGGACAACUGUGGACCAGCCUCGAUUGCCAGAGCUACUACCAACAGAUCACGUCGGAUGCACUCAUCAAGAUCAUGCUGAAUGCUGGGGCAUUUGUCAAGAAUCUCAACCUGAGAGGAUGUGUCCAGCUUCGAGAUCAAUGGUUGAGUCUUGGAACCAGAAUGACCAAUCAAGAGUGCAGGAACCUCGAAUCUUUCAGUAUCGAGGGUUGCAAGAUCGAACGGUCGUCCAUCCAUUUCUUCUUGCUCAGAAACCCAAGGCUCAUACACAUUAACAUGCCCAGUAUGCAAAACAUCAACAAUGCCACGAUGAAGAUCAUUGCUAGUCACUGCCCGCAGCUCGAGUUGCUCAACAUCGAUUGGUGCUCUCAAAUCGAUACCCGGGGCCUCAAGAAGGUCAUCCAGUCUUGCCCCAACCUGAGGGACCUUCGAGCAUCCGAGGUUAAAGGGCUAGACGACAAUGAGUUCAUGCUCGAGUUAUUCCAACGCAACACCCUGGAACGUUUGAUCCUUCAACACUGUGACAGUUUGACCGAUGAAGCCCUGCAGACCAUGGUUCACGGCGUGGACCCUGACCGAGACAUUUUGACUGACCGUCCCUUGGUUCCACCCCGACGUUUGCGACAUCUUGAUAUCUCCAGGUGCCGAGGCCUGACGGACACGGGCGUGCAAUCGCUCACACACAACGUGCCAUACCUAGAAGGUUUCCGCCUCUGCCAGAAUACUGCUUUGACUGAUGAUGCUUUGGAUAGUCUCCUACAGACCACGAAUCGACUGACUCAUUUGGAGGUUGAAGAGGUUGAGCUUCUCUCUAAUGCGGCCUUGAUGAAUCUGUCCAGGUCGCCAGCAGCCGCGACUCUAGAGCAUCUGAGCAUUUCUUACUGCGAACGAAUUGGAGACGUUGGCGUCUUGCCUCUCCUCCAGGCGUGUCCGAACAUCAAAUCUCUGUGUCUGGACAACACCAGAAUAUCUGACCUUGUCCUCAUGGAAGCCUCCGAACAGGUUCGCAAGAGAGGCAGUACUACCAAGAAAUCCCAAUUGCCCAAGAAGGGUCUCGAGCUCGUCGCUUUCGAUUGUGCCAAUGUCACUUGGGCAGGAGUCAGAGAGAUCCUUCAAGGUAACGGGCGUGUCAUGCAAGGUCGGAAGAAGUCGGUCGUUCAGAAGACCAAUUUCGUCGGUGAGGAUGGCGAGAGGGAAGAGGUCAGAAAAGUUGUCGAGAUCCAAACACUGCUCUACCCUACACAGGUUAUUCACCUCAAGGCCUUCUACGGAUGGCAGCAAACAGUGGAAGAGCAUUAUAAGCGGUGCAUAAGCGGUCGCUGGGGCGCGGCAGCUAGGUUGGAAGCCAAGUGGGCAGAAUGGAUGGUGGCGAGUGAAGAAGUCGGCGUUGCGGCGCAAGGCUGGAACUCAAGGAGGCGGAGAAGGCGAGCUCGCGACGCCGAGAACAGGGUCAGAGAUGACGAGGACGGUGCCGCUCAAGAUACUGCAACCGGGGACGAAGAUGGUAGCGGUCUGGAAUUUGCGACCGGUCAUACGCCGAGAGGAGGACGUCGGAGAGCUAGAAGCGGUGGUUGCAUGGUGAUGUGA